AUGAGUUUAACUUCUUUACCGAUCACUGCUGUGGUCACUUUCACGCGCGUCUGGGUCUUCCCUGCUUUUCUCUGCAAUUUAAUCGGCGUCUUUCAGGGUGGCAGCAUUUUUGUCUCCUCAUUCACCCUCACCGCCAUCGCCAUUGAUCGAUGCAUUUUCAUUUUGAAACCGAAUCGAGAGGUGAUCGGCUUUUCCCGUGCCGUCCCAACUGUUUUUCUCAUUUGGUUAUGGGGUUACAUGUUGGCAUUUCCGGUUGGACUUUUCUCGAAAACUACUUCAUUCCUUGGAUAUUGCGGGGAAUUUUGCGAGGAAACAUGGCCAGACGAAGAUGCGGAUGGUUUCUCGAAAAUUCGUCGACUUUAUGGGAUCACUGUGUUGUUGCUACAAUUCGGCAUUCCUACCGUAAUCUCGUCGCUCUGUUACUACAUGAUUUCGCGAGUGAUGAAUUGUCAAUUGGAAAAGCGGAGAGGGCAAAAGUUGUUGCCCGAUCGAGAGGUGCAACUCGUUUCGCGGAAAACGAGAGCAAAUAGGAUGAUGAUUUCAAUGGUCGGGGGUUUAGUGUUAGCGUGGAUGCCGCUGAACGUCAUGAACUUGUUGCGGGAUUUCUUUCAAUUUGGCGGUACAACGCCGUGGUUCUCGACGGUUUUCGCUUUGUGUCAUGUAGUGGCGAUGACGUCAGCCGUUUGGAAUCCAUUGAUAUAUUCAUGGUUCAACCCUCAAUUCCGAACGGCGAUAAAGGGAAUCUGGGAUGAGCAGCGACGGAAGAAUUGUCGAAGUGACAAUAGUGAGGUGAAUGGGGAAAAGAAUCGGAAACGAGGCAAA